AUGUGGGAAACGCCAAGUCGACCGACGUGCCACACCCAGUGUGCCACGAGCUCAUUUUUAAAGUGCCAAAAGGAUCGUGAAAUUUGUGCUGAGGCCUCGGAGUUUUGCUUUGGGACGCUGGAACAGCCGUACUACCAGUCCGGACGGAACCCCUACGACAUUCGCAAGCCGUGCGUUGUAGAGAACGUGAUGACGUGUGUUGAUUUCGAGCACAUUGAAAAGUUCUUGAACUCCCCUCACGUGCUGGUAGAGCUGGGUGUCGACGUACAAAAGUCGAAACCCUGGCGCGAGUGCGAUGCGACGAUUAAUGCUAGGUUUGCGCUAGGUGAAAUGCUGUCUUCAGCUGACGACGUAAAACUGCUUCUCGAUGCAGGCGUGAGAGUAUUGAUUUACGCUGGAGAUGCUGAUCUCAUGUGCAACUGGGUGGGCAACCAAGCGUGGGUGAUGGCGCUCGACUGGAGGGGAAAAGCGGCCUUCAACAACGCUGCGAACUGCCAGUUUGGCACAUUGGAGGACCCGGACGCAGGACGUGUUUGUUCGUUUGAGAACUUGACGUUCAUUCGUGUCUUCAACUCGGGCCACAUGGUACCAAUGGACCAACCAGCUGUUUCGUAUCACAUGAUCAACAAGUUUUUCCAUCAUGAAAACUUUUGA